UGGCAUCAUGAGACCAGGACUGAAUGCAAUUUUGGGACCCACCGGCAGUGGUAAAUCUUCUCUACUCGACAUUUUGGCUGCAAGGAAGGAUCCCCACGGGCUUUCCGGUGACAUUUUGAUCAACGGAGCCCCUCAGCCUGCCAACUUUAAAUGCACCUCUGGAUACGUAGUACAGGAUGAUGUGGUGAUGGGAACCCUGACUGUAAGAGAAAAUCUGAAGUUCUCAGCAGCGCUCCGUUUGCCAAAAACAGUGAAGGAACAGGAAAAAAAUGAGCGAGUGAAUCAGAUCAUCAAGGAACUGGGUUUGAGCAAAGUGGCGGAUUCCAAGGUUGGCACCCAGUUCAUUCGCGGGGUGUCCGGAGGAGAGCGAAAAAGGACCAAUAUCGGGAUGGAGCUCAUCAUGGAUCCUGCCAUCUUGUUUUUGGAUGAGCCAACGACAGGACUCGACGCCAGCACUGCGAAUGCUGUCCUGCUGCUGCUGAAACGGAUGGCAAAACAAGGCAAAACAAUCAUCUUCUCCAUCCACCAGCCUCGCUACUCCAUCUUCCGGCUGUUUGACAACCUGACGCUGCUGGCCGCAGGGAGGGUGCUGUACCAUGGGCCCGCUCCGCACGCCAUCGAGUACUUCCAGUCUAUCG